AUGUUUUUAUUUAGCCAAGGGAGCUAAUUCACGGGAACUAAUCAACUCACGAAUCCAUGAAAGUAUUGAAAGCACACACACCAACAAAACCGUAUGCCUACUUGCUAAAUAUAUGUUCUUGUUGACAAAAACUAUUUAAACCUGUUGGAUGGUAGUUGAAACUCACCAAGAUGUCGAUUCAGUUAAAAGCACAGAAGAAGCAAAUGCUUGUUCUGGCUGGAACAUCACAUCCAGAACUUGCACAAAUGGUGGCAAGGUAGCCUAUCUCACAUUCACAUGUUUUUAUUUUUAUUAAAAAAUACAACUAGUUGAAAAUUACUUAUCUCUUCACUAAUGAAUUAUUUAUUUCAUGUGGAUUAAUUUCUAUUAAAAUUGUAUUACACCUAAAAAAAACAUUCUGUUUAAGGUAAUCUACCACUUCAGCAUCGGCUAUUCCAAAAAUCAUGUUUUUCUCAUCUGAUGAAGUGCUGCUAUUUUGUUAUUAAUGUCUUCACUGUUAAUAGUUCUACUUCCAAUUAAAGAACUACGCAUCAACUUAAACUCUGUUUACUUACAUUACAUAAAUUAAAUAUAUUCUUUUCCUAAAUUAAAUUGUUCAAAGUUUGUUUUUUUUAAGACAAAGUGGGUAUUCGGACCCUGGUAUCAGCAGUGAGAGGUUGGGAUUAAAAAAAUAUUAAACAUAUUAUUGUUGGGUUUGUAAGACAACAUUUGGUAUCAAAUGAAAGAUAAUUGAAUGGACUAUAUGUUUGUAAACUUACUUCUUCAGUUUAACUAAAAUAAAUGACCGGGUACCACAAAUGACAUCCUGAAUAGCAUUUUCAUUUAGUCUAUAGGGACCCAGGUCUGAAUAGACGCUAUGUGUACCCAGGUCCCUUUUCAGAAACUUGUUGGUUUAUUGACUUAAUUUAAUAACAAACUAUUCUUCAGCUCUGAAUACUCUGAGUACUGAGAAACUGGGCUAUUGUCAUCACUCUUUUCAUUCAUUUUUGUAUCUUCUGCAGCAAACUUGGUGUCCGUCUGGGAGAGAUUUCAGUUUUUCAUAAACAAAAUCGAGGUAAAACUGUCAAAUUUCAUUUUAAAUUUAUUACUAAAAAUAGAAAUAUUCAAAGGACAAAGCUUUCUCAGUUGUAUAAUGGGGAAUGGGAUGAUUUGGUGGGACCUAUUCGCUGAGAAGUCCAUUUUAAAAAUGUUGUCAUGAAAAAUGGCUUUUGUUGUAUCGACUCUAUAUUGUACUUUUACGUAAUGUUUAUCAGAAAUCUUAAUGGCUGUUGAGAUCAAAGAGUUUGAGUUUAUAGAUCUAUUUUAAAAUGAAGUGUAACCAAAAAUUUUUACUAGCAUUGAGAUUUUGUUGGGUUCUUAUUUUUAUACUUAACAUGUUUUUUAAAUGAUUUUUUUUAAACAUGUAGUUUCAAUUUUAUUGUAUGUUGUAGGUACAACAUUUGAUAACAUGAACAUUUUAAUUAAGCUUCGUCUAGUUGGGGAGAAGUGAGAUAACCAUAGGAUUUUUAUGAUGGAGACAAGGAGCCAUGAUAGACAGAGGGUGACGUAAAAUACAUUAGUGUGAGCUGUUGUUAAAGGAAUGUGACUAGAAGCCAUUUACAUAUCAGUGGAGAACUGAUUGUAUGGGUGUUACGCUUUUUUGGGACAACAUUGUCUAUUUGUUAGCUGGAGGUAGUCUGGAGAGUCGCACAGUUAAUUAGCUUAAGGAAUGUAUGUUAGUGCACCCUAGUGUUAAGGUAGUUCAGAGCUAAGCUAAUGUAUUUCUUAAAUAGUCAGUGUAAGUGUAAGCAUGUAGAAAAAGUUUUGUGUGAUACGAGGCUCGCAAAUUUUUUAACUCUAAGCCCACAAACACCAAAUGAUUGUUUGUCUUGGUUAUUUCAAUGUUAGAAAUUAGAAAAUGUCUGUCCAGACACAAAUCAGUGAGCUAAGGAGAUACACCUGCAAGGCCAAAUGUGGGGUGUUCUAAUUUAAUUAAAUGUCCAAGCAUUCAUCGAUAGUAGGUGGGCAGUGGUGAGCAGAUUUAUUGCUUUUGGUUGUCUGUCCAAACACAUAGCCAAUGGGAAAGCCAAGUGAACAGAUAAUUAAGCUGAUGGGCUAGGGAGAAAAUGGGUGCAGGGUUAACUACACAAGGGUAUAAAGAUUGGAAAAUAUGGGGGAGAGUUGGUGACUGAGAACCAGAACUCAGGAAGUCGGUCAGAGAGCAGGGCAGAGCUAAAUCCUAGAACUUAAAUGAAGAGAUAUGAGUUGGAGGGCCAACUGGACAGUUAUAGUUGAGUUCCAAAUACUUGAGCAUGAAACUUUAUGGCAGAGAAAUAAAGAGAAAGGCUACAACCAUUGGCAUGUUUUUUGCUGAUUAUUGCGGUUCAAAUGACAGAGGGAAUGAGGUCAUCAUCCAACUAAAGUUUUAGCAAAACCAGAAAAAGAGUGUUAAGAUUCUCUACAUUGUACUCUGAUACAUCUUUGACUUUGAUUGUAUCUUUUGUAGACUAAGUUCAUUUAAUUAUUUUACGUGCAGAAACCACUGUGGAAAUAAAGGAAUCUGUCAGAGGAAAAGAUGUUUAUAUCAUACAGACUGGUACUAAGUAAGUAUAAUAUAGUUACUAUUAUUGAUAUUAAGAAACUUACAUUUUUUUCAAUUGUACAUUUUUUACUUUUUCAAAUCUGAUGGUCAUAUUCCAUUGGGAAUAAUCUUUACUUUAUGCAAAUAAUUUUUCUUAAAUGCUGAAAGUAAAAAACUUUUUUUUGUGUGUGUAUAAUAUUUAAGUUAGAAUGAUAAUACUUAAACUUAAAUCAAAAUAUUGUGCCAUUACUACAGUAAAAAUAAUAGUUUUUUUAGUCAUGGUAGCAUUGUAAUUAUUUAUAGUAUGUAAAAUUAUCUGUAUCACAGAAUGGGUAUUAUGAGGGGCGACUUAAUAAAUAAUCCACACUCCAGAUAUCAAAGUUAAUAAAGAUAAAUGUUAAAAGGUCCAUUGUUACUUUUCCUAACUCAGUGACUAAAACAGUAAAAAAAUGAGAUGAAUUUAAACUUGUUUUUUCAGAGAUACUAACAAUGAUAUCAUGGAGCUGAUGAUCAUUGCAUAUGCUUGUAGAACUAGUGCAGCCAGUAAUAUUAUUGGAGUCAUUCCUUACCUACCAUACUCCAAGCAGAGUAAGAUGAGGAAGAGAGGUUGCAUCGUUGGAAAGUUAGUUGCAACUAUGUUAGGAAAAGCAGGUAAGUUUCCUCAAGGCCUUUGAAGUUGCUGGCUGGGAUGAAAUAGUAAUUUAAUCUUUAAUAUCUGUAAGGAUGAUAGCAUCGAAACCAGUCUGAUAACUGAAAAUUUGUAAGCAUCUAAUACUAAAGCUUACUAACAGCUUGAUUUAAGUUAAAAAAUUUAAAAAUUGUGCUAGGUUCCACCUUAUCUUUAAAAUAACACUUUCUACUGUUGAGUCUGUUUUACAGUGAAUAUUAUGGACUUUACUAUUUUUACUUUAGGUUUUUCACAUGUUAUAACUAUGGACCUUCACCAGAAAGAAAUUCAGGGAUUUUUCAGCUUUCCUGUUGAUAAUCUCAGAGCUUCAGCUUUUUUGAUAGAUUACAUCCAAACAUCAGUAAGUAAGAAUCUUAAAUAACGGUAGCUAUUAACAAAUAUUUUUUUUUCAUAUCGAAAAAUAUUUCAUUGCUUAUCUUCACUCAGUUUAAAUUUUUUUUUUUUUGGGGGGCGGCACAUAUCCACAGCUCAAUGACCUGGCCGCCCUGUCGGUCAGGUCACGUUCAUCUACUCGUGUGUAAAAUUUUUUUUUGUGGGGGGGGGGGGGAGGGGAUAAAGCCAUUUCUAAUUGUUUAUAAUAGAUUUUUGUUCUUCUUUGCAAUUACUUUUUUUAAAAUUGGUAAUUUCUUAAACUUGGAGAAGAUAAAGCACAGGUUCUUUCCCAAACAUGAUGUAGACAGUUUGAUAAUUUAAUGUGUAUUACAGACCUGGUUAUUCUUGCGAUCUCUUUUAAGAUGUCCUUUAUGAUUGUAUUGUACACCGAGACCUGUCACAACUAAUUUUAAGAGACCCGGUUAAAAAUUAUAUUCGUGCAUUUUAAAAAAAGUACAUGUUGAUGUUAGUUUUAGCUCCUUUCUACAUCCAGCGAUGAAUUGAAUAAGAUUGGUUUGAUACAAUCUAUAAUUAUAUUACAUGCACACUAAGGAGGUAAGGCAUUGGUGUUGACUUAGAAGCAUACAAGUGUGUAUGAGAAAGGGGAAGUGUCAAAUACUUGUUAAGGCGAUAAAAUAUCAACCCCUCCUUUCAUAAUGAUGGUGAUGAUGGUCAUAUUAGUGCUUUGUGUUUUCACAAGGAACUUGUUAGAUAGAGCAAUUUAGCAUAUGGUGCAUACUGUUACAAAAAGUGAUGUAAAUUUAUAUUUCAAAUGUGCGUUUAUGUCACGAUUGAAAAUAAUCUCUAAUUGAAUGAAGAAAUAAGUUCAUUUGUGAUACAUCUGACUAGCCAUGAUAUAUAAAUAACAAAACGAGGUAUUUUGAAGCUUGAAUUAAAGGACAGGAAAAUAAGAUUUGCAAAUCAUGCAAAGGCUCUAUACCUUUCGCACAAUUUCUUAGACUACAGCGUCUCUGCCAACUUGAUGAGGAAUUUCUAGAAAGAGCUGAUGAAAUGAUAGAUUUUUUCUGCUCCAGAUCCUAUCCUGAAUCUACUCUUGUCUCAGCACUAGGUCGCAUCAGCACUAUCACACAGAAAGAUGCUUUCAAAACUCGUCAAAACAACAAUGAAGAUCGUACCAAACUUAUGCUGACCUACCACCCUCACAAUUUAACUGCCAAAAAUAUAUUCCUAAAAAAUCGUAGCAUACUUCUUGCUGUAUGACUUGUCCCUUUACACUCCAAACUGAAAGGAUUAGCCUCCCUAAAGGUACCUUUACCAUUAAAGAGGGUUUCACCUGCGUCAGCCCUAAUGUGAUAUAUGCAAUUGUGUGCCGGUUAUGCCAAUCUAGUUACAUAGGUGAAACUGGGAGAAGAUUGGCUGAUAGUUUCAAUGAACAUCUCUGGGAUAUUGAACAAUGUAAACUUUCCCCAGUCUCUUCACAUUUGAACAGUGAUGAACACCAAUGUACAUUAGAUGUAAUCAUUUACGGCACUGAUUUCCUGCACUAACACAUCAGACAGGGUUAAAAUGGAAAAUAUAUUUAUUCAGCUGUUUGGCACCAUAUCUCCAUAGUGCAUGGUUAAAAUAUUUAACCAAAAAAAUCAAAAUAGAGUUUUACAAGAUGUCCAUUGUUAAAUCUCUUUGUGCAUUAAAAAAAAAAUUUACUUAACGUAAGCUAGUUUAGGUACCACUUGUACUCAGCUGAAUUGUGCGAUGUUUUAAAAUGUUAAGUUUCAUGAUUUACAUUUAAAGGUAUUUUUCCUUUAACAUCAAGAAUAAAAAGUUGAGUUGAGAUCUUCAAGACUUAACCAGGCAGCCUGGGUUUUUGGGAUGAAGUGCUUUAAAUUUUAUAACUUUAACAUUUUGAUAACUAUUGUGUUUCUGUUACUGUUACCUCUGAGAAACUGUGUCACUUUAGUCAAAAGAGUAUGAGCAUCUUUGAUCUAAAAUGAUUUUUUUCAUGGCAAAUCUUUAUCAAGUCCUAACCGUAACAUUUUCUGCAGUUACCAGAUUACAGAAAUGCUGUCAUUGUUGCCAGAAACCCAAACUCUGUUAAAAGGGCAACUUCUUAUGCUGAACGCCUUAGACUGGGUAUUGCUGUCAUUCAUGGAGAAGAAAGAAUGGCUGAGUGUGAGGAAGAUGACGGUAGGACAUCUCCCCCGUUGCCGGAGGCGCAAGUCAAAGAUGCUUUUGGCUUAGAACUGUUGCCACGUAAGAGAAGAGCUAAACAAUUUUUAUUAUCUUAUCACUUCUGGGACAUAAGCCUAAUAUUAACACCGUGUGAAAUUAGUUAAUUAACCUAUAACUGUCAUAAAAGCUGUACAUGGGCGGUUAAACCCCUUUCUGUGGCAAAAUUGUCAUAAAAAAUAUGAAAGAUUUAAUGUAUAUUGGUUCAGGGGAAAUCACUCUAUAUAAAAUUAGUUUACUUCCUCUUUACAUUUCUAUCUGCGUUUACCUGCUUUUUGUGAUCAACACAGAAUUUCUUUAUAGGAAUUAUUUCAUAAGUUUAAAAUGAAAGCAAUAAUUUCAGAGAUAUUCCAUUGCUUUAAUUUCAGUAAAUGAAUGAAAUAGCGAAACGAGGUAUGUGGAAGCUUGAAAUAAGAUAGCUGGACAAAAAACAAGGACGUUUCUGCAUAAAGCCUUCCUCAACCAACAAUAGAAAUGAAAAUAUUGUCUUUGUUAUAUUUUCAUUUCUAUUGUUGGCUGAGGAAGGCUUUAUGCCGAAACGUCCUUGUUUUUUUAUCCUGUUAUCUUAUUUCAGUCUUCCACAUAUCUCGUGUCGCUAUUUCAUUCAUUUACUAAGCUUGAAAGCAGUCCUUUCAUUUAUAUUUAAUUUCAGUAUUAGCUCUAACGGUGAUGGCAAUAUUAGAGUCAGAUAUUGACAAUUUUAGCCCUAAGCUUAGUCAUAUUUUUACAAAUUUGCUUUGGUAAAGGGUGGAAAUCGAACAGAAAAGACAAAGUUGGAUCCAAAGACCUACCAUAAUGAGAAUCAAAGACAUUUAUGUUUGUGUAUGUUCUGGAGCAUUAAUUAAUUAAAAGAAUUGAUUUUAUAACUUCAUUUCAAAAGGAAUUUUUGAACUCAUUUUAUCCUUUUCCCUUGAAUUUUUGUACAACAGAAAUUUGAAGGUAGUGAAUGAAAAUAAUUCACCAAUAUUACAAUAUUUUAAUUUAAGAACCUAUAACAUAACAUUUUCUGAAAUAAUAUUGUUUCUAGUAUCUAAAGAACGUGAUUGCAUGUUAGUUUGAAAAGUUUAUGGAGUAUUAGGUUGGGUUGCAUUGAAAAGUUGUGGAAUAAAAUCUUGCCCACUCUGUUAAGGUCAAAGUCAACAUGCAUAAUAUAAAAAAAAAUCCUUUUCAUACCAUAAGAUUAAGGAGAGAAUACCUAGGUUAAUGCAACAAAUGUUUCAUAUCUUAUUAUAAUGCAUUAUGGAAUGAGAUUAAAUAUCUCAUUCCAUAAUGCAUUAUAAUAAGAUAUAAUACAUAGGUCAAAACAACAAAUGUUUGAUAUCAUAUAAUGCAUAUGCUAUAAUAAUGGUGUGAGCUGUGAAAGGUGGACAAUUAACUAAGAUACUUUUAUUAGAAAUGUUUUGGGUGCAUAAAUAAUCCACUUCCACACAUUAUUUCAAAGAAUCAUCAGUGAAGUGUUAAUUCCACAUAACUGUCCUGAACUCAGAAUUGCAUAAUAUGAUAAAAAUUCCAUAAUGAACAACUCCUUUCAUUAACUAAUGCAUGCCUGCACAACUCAAAAUGUAACACUUUAUGAAAAACUUGUGUGUGCCAAAAGAAAUAGGACGGGGGAACGCUAUUAAAAAAAAAAUAAUAAUAAAGAUUAUUUCUUUACUUCAUAGGCCGCAAAGCGGAUGCUGGCGGGCCGUCGCAUAUGGCCCGUGGGCUUUAUGUUUUACACGCCUGGACUAAUGUGUAGGAUAACCUUUUAAGAAGGGAGUAAAAUCAUUAGAAUGUAUGUGUAGCGAUAUGAAGAUUCACACAUUGUUAUUUCCACAUCGAAUCUUGCUAUGGUGAUAAAAAGUGUUCUGCUUUUUUUUGCUUUGAUCUCCUUUGUACUUCUGCAAAAAACUUCCCACAGUUUGUUUUAUGCAGGAAAUAUAUAUUGGAAGCCUAUGCUGUCCUCCCCACCUUUCUUUGUGGUAUUGAGCUUAGUUUUUAUUCAAUGUAUUUUAUUUAAUUUGUAUGCAAUUCAACAGAGGUAGCAGCUAAGGAGAAGCCCCCAUUCAAUGUUGUGGGUGAUGUCGGUGGAAGAAUCGCAAUUAUUGUGGUGAGAGUUUGUAUAUAUUUUUAAAAUGCUUAUUAAUAUUUAAAGAAAAGUAAUUCACAAAGUGGUUGUAUCAGAUAUUUAAAACUGUUUAUUCAAUAAAUAUGCUUAACCCCUUUGACUGUAAGUGAUGUGUCUUUAGAACAAAAUCAUGUGGUCAUAGCUGGUAGUACUGGUUUAUGAACUAUUACUUAGCUUUGGGGUGAACAGGCUAGACUUUUUUUUUUUUACUAGAUCUCAUAAUUUGCAAUUAUUAAGAUAAUUUGAAUCGGAUGAAUAAUUUUUUUUAAGGUCCAUACAAAUUUUCUCUCGCCCAGAAUCCUAAAAGGUGUAGGCAUUGUGUCAGUGCUUUUUUAUUCAGAAAUAAAUACUUUGUAAAGUUUUUGUCCAAAACAAAACCAUUUUAUUUCAGUUUUGUACUCACUAUUCCUAUGUAAAUUGACCCUUAUGACCUCAACUUUUAAUUCUAGAUUAGCAUAUUCUGAAACUUAUCACUGGAAGUUCAAUUCUCUCAUAAUACAAGUUAUUAAUUUUUAAAAAAUUUAAGCUACAGGCAAUCUUAAGAUACUGAGGUCAUGAAAAACUUGAUUUUUGCUUUGUAUGAAAAUUGCUGGUAGCCAAAGGGUUCUUUAGUUGAAUUCUUUCUUGUUGAGUUACUUUAAAAUAUGUUUUAAUUUCAAAUUGCAUCCUUGACAGUGAGCCUAAUAAGACUGUUAAGAAAUCCUUAUGGUUUUUAUAAUUGAGUUGUCCUUAUUAAGAGAUGGCAAAAAUGUUUUAUAUAGAAACUUUUUAGGAACAUUCCAUGAAAGAAUCAAAUGGACAAAAUAUAUUGUAUCAUGAAAAGCUAAAAGCGCUAUUUCAAUCUCACCAGGAUGACAUGAUUGAUGAUGUCAUAACAUUUGUGAAGGUAGCUGAAAUCCUCAAAGAAAGAGGUGCUUACAAGGUUUUAGUGGUUGCAACACAUGGAAUUUUAUCUUCAGAUGCUCCAAGACUUAUUGAGGACUCUAGCAUUGAUGAGGUUGGUAUCCUUAAGUUAAAAAUUGAUUAAGUUGGCCUGAAGUAUGGUAGAUACAAUUUUUAAUGCAUUUUGUAUUGAACCGUGUGAUAAGUGAGAUAUAAUAAUUAUGAUUUGAAAAGCUUUUUGUCUUAUUUGAAAAUUGAUAUGUUGUGGAUUGAUUUAAUCAAAACAUUCUUGUGUUGUUUUUUUCAAGUGAUUGUCUUGUUGCUUUAUCAUUAAUUCUAAUUUUUGUGCUAAAUGUCUGCUCUGUAUUAAGCUGUUGAUGGGGAAAUGGCUGCCAAUUGUUAAAAAUGUUUACAUUGUUCUUUAAUUGGUAUGCAGAGGUCUGUCUUAAAUAUAAAGGAGAAAAACUUGAAGAGAAAAUGUGUUUGCGUAUUUCUGUUAUCUUGAUUCAAAACCACAAUUUCAUAUUGACAUCUGACAAAUUGUUUUGGUUUAAAUACCAGGUUGUCGUGACCAAUACCAUUCCCCAUGAGGUGCAGAAAAUGCAGUGUCACAAAAUCAAAACGGUGGACAUCAGUGUUCUUCUGUGUGAGGCUAUCAGACGAAUUCACAAUAACGAGUCCAUGUCAUACUUGUUCAGGAAUGUUGGUUUGGAUGACUAAAUGGUCUGCGGAGAAAUCACUUUGUGGAAUAUGACAUUUUGAGUUGAACUAUUUUUAGCUGUUUUGUGAAAACCAAUAUGUAUUAUUACGUUAUGAAAUAAUAAAAUCUAAUCACAUAUUUUAGUAAUACCUAUGAGAUCAUUCAAGUAUAGUGAUUAUGAAAUAAAGUUUACUUGAUGCAAAAAUAGAUAAGUUUAAAAGUUUAAGUUUAAGCUUUUUAUUCUCCAUUGCCUUUCUUUCUCAAAGUUAUUUUUCAAAACAAUACUUUAUUCAUCUUGAAAAAAAAAACAGCCCUAUAUAUUUUUCAAAAGUCUUUAAGGCACUUUAGGUAAAUGCCAGAUGUUUACAUUGGAGGCAUCAUAGUCCCGACUCACAUAUAAAUGGAGUUAAACUUAUUGCAGUGUAGGUCAUCGGUCUAAUAUUUUUCAUUAUGUAUUUUAUCAUUCAUCCUUGUCAUAUUCUUAAGAAUAAUGUACUUUUUUUUCUUUUUCUAAAAACACAAGAUUCAAAUAGUUGAUUUACUAAAAAAAACAAACAAUUAUACCAAGUAGUUAUUUUAUGUACAUUAGUCAACCAUUUAUGGUUGUAAGAUUUUGUCUGAAUUUCUAUUUUGUUCUUGCUUACAUAAGAUCACAUUCAUGUUAAUUUUAUUGAGGUGAAUGAAGAUUAUGCACAAUAAAAGGUUGGAUUGUGGGUGUUAUAAAAAUUAUUACAGCUAAAAAUAAGGAGAGUUAAGCUUUACUAAAGAAAGAUCAUUAACCUUAGUAAGAUUAAACCUUCUAUUUAAGAGUUAUCUGUAACUUCCAUAUAAUUUUGUUGUUGACAUAAAUUAAAUGGAAUAUUAUGGAGAGUACUAUAAAUAAAUAAAUUUUCAUUGACACUUUUUUUUGGUUAAUUUGGGUUGGUAAGAUUUCAUUGUGUUUUAUUGGCUUUGUUUCUACAAUGAUAGAUCUGGUUUGGAAAAUUUAAUUUUGACAGUUUAAAGCAUCUGUCAACUCCUACAAAUUGUUUUGUCCUUGAACCUGUAAAAUUUUUUCCUUAAACUUAAAUGUUAAGUUCAUGGUCAAAGGUUACCAAACUUUGCAGAAGACUUAUACAAAUGGAUUCGCUAUUUUAAAGUGCAUAUGUAAAAAUUUGCAUGGGGGGGCCUUGGGACAACCUGGAUUUAAAAAUCAAAUAUGUUUGGGAACCACUGAUUCACAACCUGCAGUUUGACAACAUGAAUUCUCAUUAUUAUUUUAUCUUGAUAUCAAAUAGUUCUUUAUUUUGAAGUAUAAUCUCUAAAGAAUGUCUCCCUUAUCUCAUAAGAUUUCAAACAAUAUUACUCUACAUGUAAAUGUCAGACAUGUUUUGUUUGUAAUUUUGUGCAAUAACUUCUCAAUUGUAGUUUUUUAAAUUUUCUUGUGUUUACCAAGGAAUGAGGUUUUGAAAUAUAAUUUUCUAGUUGCCUUGCAUUUGUACCAUUAAACAAUACUGAUGACAGGAAAAUAAAGAUUAAUUAUUUUAUU